CCAGUCGUGCACAAACCUCUGGAAGAUCUUUUUGUUUGUUUGUUUCUGUUUUUUUUUUUUUUGGAAAAAGCAAAUAAAUAAAAUAAAAUACAAUAAAACAAACCCCUGCACUUUGGGAACGCGCUGCAGUUCAGAGUAAUGAUGCCACGUACACCAAGCCACUGACUCGCAGAAAGCUCCAGAAACUUUACACCAAAUCGCUUCACCAAGAUGAACUUCUCCAAGACCACCACUGUCAGCCCCUCUGUCUGGAGCUUUAUGGUUAAUUCCAGCCAAGAGGUCUACUCCCUGAACGGCACAGACGCGCCACCAUCUCGGACGAAAUCCAAAGUCUGUGAGCAGCUCAACAUCACCCCUGAGGUCUUCCUCAUUCUCGGCAUCAUCAGCUUGUUGGAGAACAUCCUGGUCAUCUGCGCCAUAGUGAAGAACAAGAACCUGCACUCGCCCAUGUACUUCUUCGUGUGUAGUCUGGCAGUGGCGGACAUGUUGGUGAGCGUGUCGAACGCGUGGGAGACCAUCGUCAUCUACCUGCUCAGCAAUCAACAGCUGGUGGCAGAAGAUCACAUCAUUAGACAAAUAGACAACGUCUUCGACUCCAUGAUCUGCAUCUCUGUGGUGGCGUCCAUGUGCAGCCUCCUGGCCAUCGCCGUGGAUCGCUACGUCACCACUUUUUACGCGCUGCGCUACCACAACAUCAUGACCGUGAAGCGUGCAUCGCUCAUCAUCACCGGGAUUUGGACCUUUUGCACAGGAUGUGGCAUCGUCUUCAUCAUCUACUCCGACAGCACGCUUGUCAUCGUGUGCCUGGUGUCCAUGUUCUUCAUCAUGCUGGCGCUCAUGGCCUCACUGUACACCCACAUGUUCAUGUUGGCCCGCUCGCACGUCAAGCGCAUCGCCGCCCUGCCCGGAUACAACUCCAUCCACCAGAGGACUAACAUGAAAGCGGCCGUCACGCUCACCAUCCUGCUGGGGAUCUUCAUCGUGUGCUGGGCGCCCUUCUUCCUCCACCUCAUCCUCAUGAUCUCCUGCCCGAGGAACCUGUACUGCAUGUGUUUCAUGUCCCACUUCAACAUGUACCUCAUCCUGAUCAUGUGCAACUCCGUCAUCGACCCGCUCAUCUACGCCUUCAGGAGCCAGGAGAUGCGCAAGACGCUCAAGGAGAUCAUCUGCUGCUACAGCCUGAGGAAUGUCCUACGAUGGUCUAAUUGAAUCCACAAAUCCGUGUAUCGUGUGUGCGUCGUUUAAGUUUGUUUUAGCUAGCCGUCGGACAAGUUAUACACCUCACUCGUCAUACUGUUACGUGAAGGAAAAAAACAUGUUAAUACACCAUGCAGAAAACUCCAGCAAUCCCACGUGUUCUGUCGGUGAUCAUACCUGCAUGUGAACGUUUUUCAGAGAACGUCAUCCAGAGAAUGAUAUACUGUGUUCAAAUUAUGUUACAAUAUAAUAUAAUAAUUAUGUUCCAAUAUGCUAGCUCGUAUGUUCCAACAAUGUAUGCUCAAUGUAUGUGACCGAUGUAGCUAGCAAGCAUUCUAGCUUGCUAACUAUUACCUAGCUCAUGUAAACAAAAACGAAUGUUUUAAAAAAAAAAAAACACAGGAAAAACGAAUGUUAUCAAAUACACUGGAUAUUUUCAUUUAGUUAUUAAGCACAUAUGCAGGGUUUGUUUUGUUUUUUGGGGGGUCCAAGCACUUGUAAUUUUGUUUAUGGGAAUGAAUUGUACUUGAUUUUGACCAGGAUUCUACACUCGUGACUGUAAAUAUACAGAUUGGAGGAUGGCCUCAGUGUUUGAUGGGUCGUUUGGGAAUGAAUCACUCUUUCUUAACGAUUCUUUUAAGUGAUUCGGGCAACUCGAUUCACAGGAAUGAACGAAUCCAAAGUUGGCCUCUCAACACAUUAAUAGAUGUUUUUAUUAUUAUUAUUAUUAUUAUUAAAACCAUGUAGUGUUAUCACGUUCCUCUCUGACAGGAGAGUCAGAAUGAAAUCAGUGAUCGAAUUGAAUCCAUCAGUGAAGCACACGUUAGUGUCCCUGAAAAAGCGAAAUGAAGAAAGCUCUCAUGUCAUGUCAUGCCACCUACACCUGUUUUCACUGAAAUGACCUUGGUAAAGUUUUUUUUUUAAUGCUUGUGGAACUGCCUGGAAAUCUGUUCCAGCUUUUAAAAUAUUAAUAAAUGCCCACGAGGGACUGCAGGGCUCUUCACUAACAAAGUCCGAAAAGCUCAGAAAACUGCUAGUGCUCAAAGUUUCUUGAGGAAUUUUGAGAGACAGAAAAAUUCAGAAGAACUUCAGCAGCUGUAGGAGGUGAGUGCGUUUCAUAUUCAUGUUUCGACAUGCUUAAAAUCCAAUAUUCAUAUCAAGGGCCUUCGGUGAAUCUAAAUUGCAAUUUAAAGGCACACAUAUUCCGACUCCUACACCGCCUACGUCUUCAGGAGUGUUUUGCACAGGAGAAUUUUCUCGACUUGUCCAGUGAGGCUAAGUGCAUGCUGUAACUCCUUUCUAUUUUAUUACAAAGAAAAUCUGGACUUAUGUAUGAAUGUACCUUGGUGAGACUGUCUGAUUAUUAACUGUGCUGUAAAAUGGCCAUUUAACGCAACACUAUUUCAGGGAAAGAUCAUGGCUGUGUCAGGAGAGGUAUAUAACAACUUCACACAACCGUGUAGCGCCUAGCUAAUCGGUGCGACAGCUUGUAUAAAACAGCAGGAUUUCACGAUUUUACGGUCGCAGAAAUGAACGCGAAAUCAAGCAAACUCCGCAAUAUUCAAAUGAACAAUGAACAGAUUUUCCACAGAUUUGUGCCAAGACGUGUCAUGUGACGUCAUCACAUCACGCAUUCAGCUAAUACCCUCUUCGAUUCGUGCGUCGAACAUGAGUACAGCUAGAAGGACUCAUUUACCAACAAACAUCACUGCGAAAGACAAUUCAAGUGGUUUUCUGCAAAAAAGCACAACAUAGACUCGCAAAUUCCUGUACGGACUGACUAUAUAUAUAUAUAUAUAUCACCAAUAUGCUGGUUCUCUAAGUUACUGUAGCCUAUUUAUUAGCUAGCUAACAGCCUGGUAGUAAUUAGCAAGUGAUUAGCGAGUAGAAAAAGUAGGCUUUUUGUCAUCAUGCCAUCAUCUGAAUGUAUUGCAAGUGCGCAGCCAUUUCUCAUUGUUAAAGGUGACAAGAUGAUAUGAUACAAAAAUAAUGACAUCAUGAUACUUGAAGAUAUUUCGACAAUACACAGUAUGCAUCACAAUAUCCAGGUUUGCUAACAAUGUGCUGAAGAGUUUUUUGAGUCUUUUAUGUGGUUGUUUAAUUUAAACUUAUUGCAAUAUGGAAUCGUGUUCUAGUAAGAACAGGCUGAUGUUGACGCCGGCAUUUGGGGCAGAACCCGUGUUGAUCAUAAUAACAUCAAACGCCAUCGUUCGGUCACCGAAGCCGUUCUGUUACAGUGAUCGUCUGUAAAUAUCAGUGUUGUGUCUUUUACCAUCAAGCUGAUGAAUAAAGUCAUUAAACUGGA